AACUCAGUCAGCGCGCGGAGCAGGCUCCGGCGGCGGCGGCGGCGCCACAGACGCACACCCCGCCGGGCAGGAGCCGGGGAUCAGCAGAGUAGGACAGAAGACAAAGGGAAGUGCCGCGGUCGGUGAUUCCGAGCCAGCGGCGAACAGCACUCGGAGCCCGGGUCCAUCCCCCCGGCAGACGGCGGACCCAGGCGCCAGGCAUCUCUCUUCAGCCCCGGCCGACCCCGCCCGGCCCUUUCAGGGCGGGAAGAUGCCGCGGGUCGUUCCCGACCAGAGAAGCAAGUUCGAGAACGAGGAGUUCUUCAGGAAACUGAGCCGGGAGUGCGAGAUUAAGUACACGGGGUUCCGAGACAGACCUCACGAAGAGAGACAGGCGAGGUUUCAAAAUGCUUGCCGAGACGGGCGCUCGGAAAUCGCUUUUGUGGCCACAGGAACCAAUCUGUCUCUUCAGUUUUUUCCGGCCAGCUGGCAAGGGGAACAGCGACAAACACCGACCCGAGAGUAUGUCGACUUAGAAAGAGAGGCAGGCAAGGUGUACUUGAAGGCUCCUAUGAUUCUGAAUGGAGUCUGUGUUAUCUGGAAAGGCUGGAUUGAUCUACAGAGGCUGGAUGGUAUGGGCUGCUUGGAAUUUGAUGAAGAACGAGCCCAGCAGGAAGAUGCAUUGGCUCAGCAAGCCUUCGAAGAGGCUCGGAGGCGAACACGUGAAUUUGAGGACAGAGAUCGGUCUCAUCGGGAGGAAAUGGAGGUGAGAGUUUCACAGCUGCUGGCAGUAACUGGCAAGAAGACAGCAAGACCCUAGUCCUGGUUCCAAUUUAGGCAGCGGUGAUGACCUCAAACUUCGUUAAUUAGCAGCAGCAGCAGCUGUGCCAUGGGUCUGCGCAUAGGCAUUGCUUCUUCUUGGCAAGGAUAAUUGAAUAAAAGACCAGAAACUGUGAUAGCUGGGUGUCUGUUUCUUGACCUGGGGCAGUCACAGCCAAUCCAUUUGGAACUGCCAUGGUUUGCACUAUGUUCGUGUUACAAUACCUGCAUUUCUCAUUUUAAGCAUGUAGCCAGUAGUUGAAAUUUUGUUUUUCUAUUCGAGCUUAUUUUUUGUUGGCAUUAUGUUAGUGAAAUGAGAACAUAUCUGAUUGUAAAGUCAUUUGUUCACUCAAUUGUAAUUAAAAAGUUGAUGUCGCUUAAAAGUAGGUCAAGAAAUUGCAGAUUAAGUAGGGUUAUUUUUUUCCUGCUAAUUGCUUUCAUUUUUAUGGACUUCUAGAAAUUUGGUUGUCAUGCUCCUGCUUCAUUUUAGAUAUGCAUUCUUAUAUUUUUUAUCAUUUAUUUUAUGUUUUCUAAAUGCAAAGCAUUUUUAAAAAACUGCUGACAUUUUUGCAUUAUUUACAAGCUAAACCUAGUAGCACAGAACUGUCUGCCUCAACUUUUUAACAUAUUUGUUUACAGCUGUUAAAGUUGCAGUAUCCCUUAAAUGCUAACAAUUGGUUCCAUAUUUUUAAAACAUAAAAUGUUUGUUAAAUCUGAUGUAUGCUGCAUUCUGGCCCAGGGUCUGUUUUAGAUUCUAUUCUGUAGUAAAUGAGUUCAGGUGGUGGCUUACUCCAUAAAUAAUAUUCUGCUGAAACUCAAAAGAAGUCACGGACUGGCUUCUGUUUUAUUCAGGGAUUUUUAAAGUCAUUUAGAAAAAGGAUACUGUAGCUUCUUCAUGUUUGGAUUUAACAGCAUUUUAAACCGGAGACAGUGAUGAAUCAGCUACAAAGGUGAUAUUGUAUUAAACAUCUUGUUUAAGAUAGCUGCUUUGUGUGUAUUUUAUAUUACAUGCUUUUUGUAAAAAAAAAAAAAAAUAUGCUGGAUGAUGAAAGGACAGACAUAUGCAGGAAAUGUUCAUCCUGGGCAUAGGAUGCAUUUUGUUCUAUUACAUGUUCUGCAAAAAAAAAAUCAGUUAUAUAUGUAUAUGGCAUUUCCAACAGGAUUAGGGAGAGAAACCUUUUGGGAUAAAUUUGUGUAAUAAUAUUUUUUUAAAUAGGCCUAUUACCACGUUAUCUUUUUUUAAAACAAAACUGGAAAAAGUGCCAUGUCAGUUGGUACCUCUUUACUGAUAAUUUUCACACCAUUGCAUUAAUUGUUACUACAUUCUUGAUUUUGCAAAAUAUGUAUUUAAUCCUAUUAAAUGAUAAGGGUGAACUACUUGUUUCAAGGGUAAAUGGCCAAUUCCUGGUCGGUUAAGUACAUUUGCUAAAGUGAUUUUUGGUAAUUCCAGUAAUAUUGUGCACACUGUACUUGGUGGGAAAAGGAGUGACUUUUGAUGCAUAGAGAUCUUAGAAGCCAUGGGUGGAUAAUGUACUUAUUGUAUCUCGGGACAGAAUGGCGCCUUGCAUUUUAAAGUCAAGUAUGGUGAGCAGUAUGUUGAUUAAUAAGGCCAUUAAUAAAGACAUGUGAAAAAAGAUCACACUGAUCUUUUCUAAAACUUAAAUACUGGUGAAUAAAUUAUUUUUAACUCGGUGAUUAUUUUGCAUUGAGUGACUCACACACACAUACACAUGCCUUUUCUUGCUUUCCCUAAGGAAAUCACCUUUCUAGCACCCUGAUUUCUUACCAUCUUGGACUCAGGUACAUGUUAUGCCAGACCUGCAUUGAUUCUGGCUUCUGAACCUGUUUUUCAAUGGAAUAGUGUAAGGAUAAUUUAAACAUUUUUCCGUAGCAGUUUCAGCUAGGGGUUUCAAUCCACCAUAGACAGAAAAUGAUGCUAUCAGAUAUUGACAUUGACAUCUUUCUGUAAAUAAAGAAAUUUUUCCUAUCAUCAGUUAGCACUAUGCUGCUUACUAUAGAUCUUAAUGCUGGCAUUAAGAUCAUGAGCCCUUAUUCUCUGCUAGUUAGUGCAGACUUAAAAAAAAUACUUGUUUUUAAGUUAUUGAUGCAAUUUGGUAUUUUAAAUCUCUAUUUAAGCAGAAGUUGCAUCAUCUUUCUUGAAGUCAUCUCCAUUAGAAGUUGCCUUAAGCUACCGGAUUGCUUCU